AACCGUCAGACGUUACCCGAAAUCACCCUACCACGAAUCACGUCGAAAGAAAAAAAAAAAUAAAGAGUGAGGAAAGAAAAGUAAGUUGUCGUCUGUGAAGUUGGGACCAUGGCCCUGGGAGACUGUUGGAAGCAGUUAUCCUGGUUUUACUACCAGUAUCUUCUGGUGACGGCGCUGUACAUGCUGGAGCCCUGGGAGAGGACGGUCUUCAACUCCCUGCUGAUCUCUGUGGCUGGCAUGGCCGUUUACACCGGCUACGUCUUCAUGCCUCAGCACAUCAUGGCUAUCCUCCACUACUUUGAGGUUGUCCAGUGACACAAGGACUCUGUCCAUCCACCCUCUGGUCCCGUCUGUUUCUGGCUUACUGUCCAUCCAUCUGCCUGCCUGCCUGUCUCUCCUGGGUUUGAGGCGGGGAUUGUUUCCAACCAUGUCGAGGCAGAAUGUCUGUCUUCCUUCUUUCAAAGCUAAUUCAAUAUCAAAGGUCAAAGCCCUGAACGUCGUGCUGGAGGCCAAGUUGGACGAUGUUAUUCCCUGGGACUGUUUCUCCCUCACUCGCCUGAAAUAUCUUCUGAUUCUGAGCAGUGUUGGGUUUGGAGCCAAGACCCUGGAAGUCUGCGCUUAGUUUUAUUUCAUGUGUUUUUUUUUUUUAUCUCCUUGAAUCAAGCGCACCUUACACCUCUGCAAAUGUUUAAUUGUAUGGAUGUCUGGCUGUGUGGAGUGACUGGACAAUUUUAUUUUUAUUCCAUUAAGACAUCAAACCAUUGUUGUCUUAGAGUUUUAUUCAGGAGCAGGAAACUCAGUGGCUGAUGGCGAAAAAUGUUUUUGAGCCAAAUAUUAUUAUUAGAGCAUCAUCAGAUCUCUGUGUGUGGCCUGAUUGUUUGGUCAAAGUGGGCAGUGACUGCUGUGAAGGAACAUCUUCAGCCAUUUUCAACCUUCACCAUCAUUUUCCAGCUCUCUUACGGCUUCUGUUUCCGCAUCAUUCAUCACAACACUAAUCCCUGCUACAACAUUAGAAAUGUGAGGUGGCGGCACCACAUGAACUACUACUGAACGGGCAACUUCAGCCGAAGAAGCCAUUUCCUGUAGAAACAAAGGCAGUCGUAUUCUCAGAGAUUUGUUCUCAAGCUUGGAGAGAUGCAUAUAUAGUAAACACUUGUAAGUAUAAGGUGUCCAGUUACUUAUGUAUGAUCACAGCUUAUAACUAUAUUCCACAGUUUUCUUCAGCAGAGUUUAAUGAUGCACAAAUGUUACCAACAAUUUUUUAAAAAAAAGGGUUUCCACUAGAGGAGUGGUUCUCAGUGAAAGGGCGUGGGGGGUGAUGGGGGGCUGACUCAGGAACAAACAUAUUUUUAUUUUUUUCUAACUUUUUCAGUCGUUGCUUUUUGUUGGAAAGUGCUGGAGAAGUUGAUCAGUAAUCAGAGAAGGAACCAUAGCUCUGUGGGUAGACUGCUCCCACCUCACAGACAUGGAACCUGUGAUGAACGGUCACCAGUGAACACGGUGUGCCUGUAAAGGGUCACAAGCCAAAUAGGUUGGAAAGGUUGAAAGCAGUGUUUCCAGUCUGUUGAACUUUAUGUGGGAUGGCCUAGCCAAAUAAAAUUAGCACCACCCAACACAUUUUAAUAUUGUUGUUAUUUAUAUUUUCUCCUUUCAAAAGUGAAAGUACAGUUGAAACUGAAAGAUUGAAAAGUCUGCCGCAGUGGUGAUUGUGCAGUUGUAUGAGUUAGAAUACGACGUCGUCCAUAAGUGAAAGCUGGGGCCUUCGUGCUCUCCAGUUUUUUUUAUUUUUUCAUCUCAUUUUAAUUCAGCCAGCAGGAAACACUGUCAGUAAGUUAAACAUUCAGCUCUGCCCUCAAAGAGGAGUUUUCACCACAGUGUAACCCUGAGUUUUACUCCUAUAUUUAUUGUAAGUAAAUGUAAAUUGCAGCUUAUUAUUUUGCUCCUGAAUUGACACUCCAGUCAUGCAGCACCUGCACUGAUCUCUAUCACUGGGAGCCAAAUUAAUGGCAAUGGAUGCAGCAGUUUUCUGCCUGCAGGGGCCGGAGUGUGGGAAGCGUGUUUUCAUUACGGUCGCCACAAGUUUCUGCUCAUUUUAAAGCUUAACACUUGGCAGGUAAUAGAUUCUGUGACACUGGACAAUGCAAAGGACACACCAGUGUCCUCCAUCACGUGUGAAGGAGCCACAGAAUUUCUCUAAGUACUCAGACUUCAGAAACUUCAGUUUCCUUUAUGUAGUCGUAUUUAAAAUCCCACUCCAGCACCACGUGAGCUUUGUCUUAGCCUGCAGAGCAUCUGCUGACUCUUUAUCCAGCUGGGCUGAAGCUGGUCAUGGCUUCUUUACCUGUGGCUGCAGCUGCUUGUUCAUGUGCAUCAGUCUGUAAGGAAGUGACACCUGAACGUGUAAAUGUCUUUAUAGAGAGUAGCCCUGGAAACCAGGCAUCAACGUGAUGGAAAAUGGUGGUAAGCAGGUUGAAAAUGACACAGUUGUCUUUUAAAUUCACACUUUUAGUGUAAACUGCACAGCAGGCGACAGUAACGGUUUCCUCUUUGCACAGAAAUGUUAAAUGUUUAAGAAGUUCCAUUUUUAUGUAAUCCUAUUUUAUGAUAUGUACUCCUACUGCUACUGGUAUCCCUUGAAAAUUUUGAUUAUUUUUCCCUGCAAAAUUGUGUAUUUUUCUCAAUUUUGUGUAUAUAAUCUUGUAUACAUAUUUGUAAAGUUUUGUAGUCAGAUAUGUUGGCAUAUAGAAUAAAAUAUUUGUGGUUUUUGUGCGCUACUGAUGCUAAAUACUGUUCUAUAACUCUGAAAUCAUUAAAGGGAUAUUUCACUAAACUAAA